AUGAUUGAAUUAUUCUUACUGUCACUGACACUGAGCUUAGGAGUCUUUUGCAAUUAAUAUGAAUUUAAGGUAGAAAUUGGUUAGUUAAAAACAGUGCUAGAAUUAAAUAAUGCUACAAAUGUAACUCUAUCAGAGGAAAGUAAUUAAGAGUUUUGUUGGAUUGAUGAUGAAAAAGUCUUUUUAAAAAAAUCAUCUCUUAUGAACUAUUAAGAACUUGAUAUUAUGAAUAAAUACUAUUAUUUGUUAGCAGCUUAAAAUUGUAUUUGGGUACUAAUGAAUGAUAUGAUUUUGGCAGAAUUAACACAUGAUGGAAUAAUAAUUAAUUAGAAAAAAAUUUAAGGUCAUUAUAGCUAAUUCAAAGGUUUUUACAAUGAUAAAAGUGAAAACCCUAUUUUCUUGAUUGAUUAUCAGUUAUUAAAUGAUCCUUAAAUUACUUUCUAUCCUGGUACUAUUAAGUUAUAUGAUGGAUUUCUAUUUAUAUUGAACAAAUUCAUUUAUAUUUAUGAUCUUUAAAAUAAUACAAACAAAUAUUUUGGAUAAAUUGAUAUAACUAAAUUUCAAAAUAUUAUUGACUUUGAUAUAAAAAAAAUUGAAGAUAAAAAAUAUUACUUAUAUUUGAUGGACUAAAUUUAUGGACUAAACAUAUUAAAGUUGCUUUUAAGAUAUAAUAAUAUCAAUUCUAAAAUUAUUUCUGCAGAAGUUAACCCUCUGUAAAAUCCAAAAUCAUUUUUUUGUAAUGAAUAUAAUAACUGUUUUGGAUUGUAUUUUACUCAUGUGUAUAAGAUUUUGAAUUUCAAAAUAAAUUUCAUUGAUAACAGUAUUUCAAUAGGAGAAAUUGUACAAGAAGAUAAUAAAAUAUUAAAAUUAGUGAAUAUGGGAGACAUGAUGUUUAUAUAGUCUAAGAAUAAUCAUAAAAUCUAUCUUUAUAAUUCUUAAGAAAUAUAAAAUAUACAAAUUUUGGGAUUAUAGCAAAUUUCUGUAGUAAACUCAUCUUUGGCAUAUGUGAUUACAAAUACAAAAUUGAUCAAAGUAUAACUGAGCAUUUCUCAUCCUAAGAUACUCUGUUUUUGUGAUGAUAAUGAAGCAUGUCCAUAAAUAUAUGAUUAUGGAAUUAAUUAUAGAGAUUAAACUAAAAUAUAGAAUUUAUAAUUCAGUGUAGAAUUUCAAACAUCUUUGGAGGAUCAAAUGAAUCAAGUCUUAGUUAUCAUCUUUUCAAUUUUAUUUCUAUUUGGAAGUAAUUUUUAUCUAUAUAUUAAAUAAUAGUAAUAUUGUUGAUUUUUUGGAUAUAAUCAUUAAAAGCAUAAAUUCUUUUGUUAGAAAAUAAAAUAUAAUAAGGAUGCCAAUAUAUGUAAAAAAAUAAAUUACCAAUAUUUCACACCCUUGAAAACCUUGCUUUUACAUUUCGAGGAGUGGAAACCUUAUCAAAAAGAAUCUAGUAAUAAGAAUCUUAAGAAAUAUAAGAAAUAUAUUGA